GCAGGGAGUCGGGAACUUUCCCAACGGCUAUAUUGGCACUCUGCCAACGCGCAACUGUCGACUAUAAAGGGUAGUUUCGACAUUUAUGGAAAAAUCACCGAAUUCACGCUUCCAGCCGUUUCCAAAACCAUCAAAAUGUGCGCGGAUACGCGGAUCUGCUGAGAUCAAAACUGCCAUUUAUUCCCAUUUUACCCUCCAAAAAUUUCCUUAUUUUCAAAUCCAUACCCUUCUCUCUUGCUCACCUGCAACCCCAAUUGGCGCCAAACCAGAAUUCUCCCGUUUCUUUCGGAAGCCCUUCCUUUUCUUUCAUUUCAUUUGAAUUCUUCUUCUUUUCCCUGCUUGUGCACAAUAAAUUUUCAUGGACGCUACCGCAGGGAGGCGCAGCCUUCUUAGGAACAUUCUGAUACGAACGAUCUUCUGCUUUGUUGCUCUCAUCGUCAUUGUUGAGUUUGCUUACGUUGUCAGAAUCAAAGGCCGAGAAUGCGGUUCCGGAGGUUUCUGUUUCUCUCCGGAGAAUCCGAAAAUCUCCAGCGUUGUGGUCGGAGCUCACCAGGCCGCUAUCGGGGAAGCAUCUUUCGAUAUGUGGACUAGCAAACAAUGGAGAAAGAGCGUCGAUUACUUCUCUUCUUUGUUUCAAGAUUUGAUCUUCGAGGGGUAUCUCUCGCCGGAUUCGAAGUCGCUGUGCAUCGAAAUGUCAACCGGAGAAGAUGUCUUCGCGUUGAGAGAGAUCGGAGUUGUUGAUGCGAUUGGGAUAUCGAAGAAGGCGUUUCCACCAUUGGUUGUCUCUGGUCAGGCCUAUCGCCAGCCUUUCGAUAAUAACACCUUUGAUUUUGAGUUCUCCAGCAACGGCGGUCUUGACCGGUCAGCUCGGCCGGCGAAUUUUGCAGCGGAGAUUGGUAGGACUCUCAAACCUGGUGGCUUCGUUGUUGUUCACACGGUGGCUGCAAAAGAUGCUUAUAGCUUCAAUUCGUUUCUUGAGUUGUUCAAUUGCUGUAGAUUCAUUAGGUCGCGAGACAUAGAUAAUCUUGAUUCAUCAGUGCCUUCGAUUCGCGAGAUUGUUUUAAAGAAAGACAUUGAGAUUCUUGCACAUGAAGAGUCAUCUCCUGAUAGGAAUUCAUUUAAGAAGUGCUCUGUUCCGGGGUAUAAACAGGAAAUAAUCAAGAAUGCAGAGCCAUUGAUCGAAGAAGAGCCAUUGAAGCCUUGGAUUACAUUGAAGAGGAACAUAAAAAACAUUAAAUAUAUAUCUUCUAUGGUUGAUGUGAGUUUCAAGCAGAGAUAUGUGUAUGUGGAUGUUGGAGCUCGGAGCUAUGGUUCAAGCAUUGGUAGUUGGUUCAAGAAGCAGUACCCGAAACAGAAUAAGACUUUUGAAAUUUAUGCAAUUGAGGCCGACAAGGCUUUCCACGAAGAGUAUAGAUUGAAGAAAGGGGUAACGCUUUUGCCUUAUGCAGCUUGGUUGAGGAAUGAGACUUUGUUCUUCGAGAUUACCAGAGACCCAGGUAGGAAAGUUCAGGAAAGAGGCAGAGGAAUGGGAAGGAUUCAACCUGUGCAAUCCUCGGCCAGUUAUGCUGCUGACGUUGACAAGAUUCAAGGAAUUGAUUUCGCUAAUUGGUUGAAAAGUACGGUUUCGGAAAGAGAUUUUGUUGUGAUGAAGAUGGAUGUGGAAGGCACUGAAUUCCAUUUGAUUCCGAGGUUGAUAGAGACAGGAGCGAUUUGUUUAAUUGAUGAGAUUUUCCUUGAAUGUCACUACAACAGAUGGCAAAGAUGCUGCCCUGGUCAGAGGAGUUCCAAGUUUCAGAAGACUUAUGCCCAAUGCUUGGACCUGUUUUCUUCUCUGAGAAAAAGUGGAGUUCUUGUGCAUCAAUGGUGGUGAUGGACAGUUGGGUAAAAGUCAAUCUUCAUGUAACAUUCUUUCAUUUUGUUCCUCCUUUGGUUCAUUUUAAGGUGAAGAUUUUAUUUUCCGUUUCUCUUUUCUUUUUUAUUUGUUACACUGGCAAAAGAAAAUUCAAUCACAAUUUUUUGGAAUUGAUUCAAUAGUAUAGCUUGCUUCAA